AUGGCUAUGGAAGUAGAUGUCCCAGUCACCCUACCCUCAAGAUCACUUGCUCCACAAACCGCCGCAACAAUUCUCUGUUGUAAUUGCGGAGCCGCAAUAGACGGAUCCGCAGCUGCCGGUGCGCUUUGCAAUGAUUGUCUGAAACUCUCAGUCGACAUCUCUCAAGGCAUACCGAGAGAAGCUAUCCUACUUACAUGCAGAGACUGCGAAAGAUGGCUUCAACCUCCAGCGCAUUGGGUGACAGCAGCGCCGGAAUCAAGAGAACUUUUGGCUCUAUGCUUGAGAAAAUUGACUGGACUCCAGAGGAUCAGAAUCAUUGACGCAAGUUUCAUCUGGACAGAGCCACACUCAAGGCGGAUCAAAGUAAAAAUUGUUAUACAGCAGGAGGCUUUCCAAGGCACCAUAAUACAACAGUCCUUUGAAGUUGAAUACGUCGUGAACUACAAGCAGUGUCCAGACUGUGCAAAGUCAUUCACAGCCAAUACCUGGCGUGCUGUCGUUCAACUUCGACAAAAGGUUCCUCACAAGCGUACAUUUCUCUUCCUCGAACAAUUGAUCCUCAAGCAUUCUGCCCAUAAGGAGACUAUAAAUAUCCGAGAAGCCAAAGAUGGCUUAGACUUUUUCUUUGCUCAGAGGAAUCAUGCAGAGAAGUUUGUUGACUUUCUUGCAUCUGUCGCUCCAGUACGGAAAAAGACUUCUCAAGAACUCAUCUCAAUGGACAUCCACACUUCCUCGAAAUCAUACAAAUUUUCCUUCUCGGUGGAGCUCGUUCCUAUAUGUAAAGACGAUCUCGUUGCCCUACCUGUCAAGCUUGCCAAACAGAUCGGCAAUAUUUCUCCCUUGACUCUUUGCCACCGUAUAGGUACAACUGUCAAUUUGCUCGACCCUCAGACUUUGCAGACGGCAGAUAUACCAGCACCUAUUUAUUGGAGAUCACCAUUUGGCUCCUUGGCUGACGUUCAAGAGCUUGUUGAAUUCGUGGUCAUGGACAUUGAGCCUACCACAAUUCAGAAAGGCCGGUUUCAGCUGGCGGAGGCGACGGUAGCACGAGCGUCGGACUUGGGGGUAAAUGACACAACAUACUUUACUCGCACGCAUCUUGGUGGAAUAUUACAUGCCGGCGAUUCGGUCAUGGGAUACAAUCUCAGCGGCACAAAUUUCAACAAUCCAAAUUACGAAGUAUUAGAACAGAGCAAUGCCUACAACUCGAAUCUGCCGGACGUCGUUCUGGUGAAGAAGUUCUACACCCGCAAGAAGAAGAACAAGUCUCGCAAUUGGCGAGUGAAGCGCUUGAAUGGACGGCAAGAAGAGCCCCAGGGCAAGAAGCAGGAUCAGGACAAGAUAGAACGCGACUUUGAGAUGUUCUUGAGAGACGUGGAGGAAGAUGAAGAGCUUCGAGGUGCGGUGGAUUUGUACAAAUCACAGCAAGCGAAAAAGAAGACAGACAAGAUGGAUGUAGUUGAGGAGGCUAGUGUUGCGGAGACGGAAGAGACAGCAGAGGAUGACAUCCCAAGGAUAGAGAUGGAAGAGCUGCUGGACGACUUUGACGAACUGAAUGUUGAAGACUAG